UGGAAAGAGGAUAUGAGCUAGAAAUAUAGAGAAAGGAAAAGGACAGGAAAGACAAGUCAGUCCACUAUUGGCUGCUAUUCAUUGCACUUACAUGGAGGAGAGAGCUGGACAACCUAGGACGAUUGAACUAAAUGAUGGCUCACGCAUGCCAAUACUGGGCUUUGGAACAUGGAAGCCAGAGGCCAUUGGCUCAGAUAUGUAUCAAAGGGCAGUUGAGGCAGCGAUCGCUGCUGGAUAUCGGCAUAUAGAUACAGCCUACUGCUACGGGAUUGAGACAGAGGUGGGGAAGGCCAUCCAGUCCAAGAUUCAGCAGGGCAUCAUCAGACGCCAAGACAUGUUCAUAGUUAGUAAGCUGUGGUGUACUCACCAUGCUUCUGAAGACAUUCCAGUUUGCUUAAAUACAUCUUUAAUUGACCUUCAGCUAGACUACCUGGACCUCUACCUAAUGCACUUUCCAGUAGGCCUUAAGAAAAUGGGCGAUGACCUUUUCCCAGAAAAGGAUGGGAAGAUCCUCACAACUGACAUAGACUAUGUUAAUGUCUGGAAGGGAUUGGAGGCUCUGAAAGCCACAGGAAAGGUGAAAAGUAUUGGUGUGUCUAACUUCACAAUCGAGCAAUUAGAGAGAUUGCUAUACGUGGCCAAAAUCCCACCUGCUGUUAAUCAGGUGGAGCUUCAUCCUUACCUUGUUCAGUCUGAUUUGAUUGACUACUGUAAGUCUAAGAACAUUGCUUUGACAGCCCACAGUCCAUUUGGCUCACCAGGGAGACCUUCAGAACACCAAAGAGGAGAUAUGGAUCCCAGGACAUUACUGGACGAUCCUGUUGUCGGGGAUAUUGCCAAGAAGCACAAACGGACCCCUGGACAGGUUCUAUUGAGAUAUCACAUUCAACAGAGCAUUGCAGUGAUCCCGAAUAGUAUGAAACCCCACCACAUUUUAGAAAACACAAAGAUCUUUGAUUUCACUCUGGAUGAGGAGAAUAUGAAUGCUCUAAGGUCUCUGAAUCGAGGCUGGAGGGCCUGCAUCAUUCCACAAUUGGAACCACAUCCAUUCUACCCCUUCAAGUGAAAUCAUGUUAGUCUAGGAUGAUUAAAAACCCACCUAGAGAAAAAUGACCAAGCACUUCUGGAGGUUGGAGUAAAGAAGAUCCUGUUUUUGAUCGUUAGAUUCGGGUAUUCAUAUUUGUAUAGAUAACCAACAACACUGGAAUAAAAUAUUUUUGAAAACA